GACUAUAGUAAAUGAGUCACGUGACCUCACUAUAUCACGUCAGCAUCAGCUGUGUGUCUGCCGAAGCACAGCAAAAGGAAGUCAAAAUAUAUGUUGGUUAAAGAAGGUAAUUAUUAUCACUUUGUUGUGAAGUGGACAAGUUUAUUUAAUGCACAUAUUGUGAACUGACCAUCAGUUUAUCUCCCAAUGUAUUUAUAUUUCUGUAAAUGCCGCUCUUUCGCAGGCAAUAAAGUAUUGAACUCAAGCUAAAUUUAGCUGAGAGUCAAGUCCGGCCAUCUUGUAAAGUGAGAAAUUAAAUACUAUGUUAGGUUUUGCCUUUCUGACAGACUCAAUAAAAACUGUUUUAUCAAUACGGGUUUUGUUUAUAGUUAGUUAUAAUCGAGCACGAUUUAUCUAUCUUGUUAAAGGUAAGUAAUGUUCCGUAAUUUAUCGAAAAUGAAAUAAAUAGCCAAUAAUUCUCAUUUAUUUAUUAGAGCCGUGAGAGAACUUUAAACGGUAAAUAGUAUAAAGGCAAUCGAAUAUCAAGUCAUGCAGUGCAAAUGGCAUUUCAGUUUCGAUCAAGAAAAAUUAUUGAAAUUAAUGAGUUACUCGUCAACUUUUCUUGCAAUAAAGUUAUUCAGUUUUUGAAUUUAGGACCAGAACAGAAGGCAUAAUCAUUCGGGAUAUAUUAACAACAUUUUAGCAAAGAAAGGAAAUAAUGAACGUGUAAAAAAAGUAUUGAACAUAAUUUUAAACUGGUGGACACAACAGCCUCGUUCAACUCAACUAGCUUAGUAUAUCUCGGCAGUCAUUUGCAGGUUAUAACUAUAAGCUAAGUAUUUUUUUAUUUUUGAACAAAGCUGUAUUUCAUAUACUAAAAAAAACUUAAUUUAACAAUAAAACAGUCACAGAGGACUAUUAUAAGUUCGGUUUUCCGAUGUAUACCUCCUUGUCCUUGACUCUUGAGAUGAAGAAAUAGUUAUAUCGCUGAUGACCGGCAAAUCCAGGCUGCAAAUCAUAUCGUUGCCUUCUAUACGCGACUUUUAGGUUGUAAAUGCAUUUUAUAUGCGGAUGAUGGAUUCAAUCAGGUAUAUUUUAUUUUUGAAGGAAGACUAUCAACCUUCCAGAAUCAGCCGACUCAGAAGCUUCAGAAAGAACUUAUUCCGACGAUUUUUUAGUCUCCUGAGUCCUGUCUUGUUGAGUGUCGGCUCUCUCCAAAUUGGUCGAUCAGUCAGGCUAUACCAAGUUCAUUCAGAAUCUGAACAAUUUUGUAUGUUUUGAAACGAAAUAGGAAAAUAAACCUUGUUUAUAUCUGUUCCGGAGAAAAGACCGAUAACAACUGUCAAUAAUCAGUUUAUAAGGAAAACGACGGUUAUAUGUAAUAACUAAUACGGUUUCUUCAAGCGAAAGUACAUGCAUGGCGGCUAACGAGUAACGAGUAACUGCAUGUAAAGCCUAAUAUAAUAAAGGAGAAACCAAUAAAAUACGGCGGUUUGCGGAAAGACCGACCCCUUUUAGUACUAUAAACCAUAGUCCAUACAUAACUCGUAAGUAUCAUACUACUUACUAAAUACUAUAUAGUCACGAUACCGAUGCAUUCUCGUUCCCUAAAGCAACUUUCAAGACUGAACAGGUAUCAAAUACGUUAUACGUAUUUAUAAUAUAGCAUUUGUAAAUUCUGAACGCUGAUUGGCUAAGAGCCGUGUUGAUAUAACUCCAUGUCAACACGGGAAAUUUUCCGCCGCUUGUAAACACGGAAAUUGUUCUUAUUCUUCGGGCUUUUGACAUUGCUAUAUUAUAAAACAAAUAUAAAACAUUUUUUCCGUAUUGAUAUAUAGUUAUAUCAACACUCGUGGAAAUUGGGAAAACUUGAAAUUGUGUGAAAACACUCCGCCCUUCGGGCGUCGUGUUUCCACACAAUUUCUCGUUUUCCCAAUUUCCACUCGUGUUGAUAUAACUGUAUAUCAACACGGAAAAUGUUUUAUAUUUGUUAAAUAUCAGUCAGGGGCCGGUUGUAUCAAGCCCGUUUAGCUUAAACGGCGGUUAAGCUCAAAAUAGAAAGCAAGUCUAUAGAUUCAUUCAACAACAAACUAAAAGUUUUGAACCUUAAUAGAACGAUAAUGUUUACAACUACAUAUUCAGUGCACAAUAUUUAAGUUGACUGAUUCACGAGAGAUAUAAGAGUGUUAUUUAAUUUUGACUUAUCCACCGUUUAAGCUAAACGGGCUUGAUACAACCGGCCCCAGGUAGAGAGCAAAACCUGCAAGCUGCGUAAACUAAACGGAUGCCGUGUCCAAGAGAAGACCAGGCAAUCAGCACAAACGUUGGCCAUCAACAUUCAACAAGAUACGUACAUGAGACUGAACCGAUAGAUAUAAUGAUCAAUAAAGCGAGUAUUACAAUCGUCAUUCAGAUUUAAGAAGUAAAAAAUACUAACUAAGUCUAAAUCUAUAUAAGAUCUAAAUUCAGUGCUUGAUGUAUAUUAGUGUUAUAAUAUUGACUAUUGAAGUAUUGUCUUUGUUGACAUUGUCAUUGCAUGUCCGUCGACAAAAUCAAGAGUCACAAGACAAGUUGAGCCAAAGACGAGCGGUCAAAUUACCUGAUUUUUAAAAUUACGUUUUACGUUAUACCUAAAACUAAAAGCAAUGUUUGAAAUUUAGUGUGUUUUUCAUGAGUACAAUCAAGUAGCAGGUGUCUCUUUCGAAAUGAUAUAUAUUACCAUAAAUGGAUACGAGAUUGCAUCCGCUAGGAAUGUUCGUCCCCCGAGAAAAUUUCAAACAUCAAUCCGGACCCGUCGGAAAGCCAGGAAAUGCAAGUAAAAUUUUGCAUUUUUAGCUUGCGUUUACUUUUGACUUCCACGUUUGCCUGUCAACGCUCAGUUAUAAUUUACCUGUAAAUCAGUUAAAAUCACCUCCAAAAUUUACCUGAAAUUACUCAUGAAACAAAUAUUGGGUGUGUAACAACCUCCCCCUGGUCGCUACAGCCUUCAGCCGAAAGAUAAAGUAGAAGAAACAUCAAUAGAAGAACUAUUUUGUUUUAUAUAACUAUAAGACGGCCCUUACUCAUUCACGUUGUCAUUGUCAAUUGGAACAAUUUUAAUGUGCCCAUCUUCGUCAGACCGAGCGCGCUGAUUAGUGUAAGAAUAAUCCAGGAAUAACCGUUACUCGUUGGCCAGCCAAUUCUGAUAUUGGAAGGAGAUGCUUGUAGACGCAGGAUUGGGCAAAAGAAUUAAUUUGAUAUUGUUGGCAUAAAAGUGGGAAACAGAUGGAUCAUUUUCUGCAAAUUUCUUCGGACUGGUCUUUCACAAAUUUCUUCGUCUUUGUUGUUUUUGAAUCACUGAAUGAAAUCAGUUAAAACUAAGGGCUUUGCUGAAGUUCAACUGAUCAAUAAUUUUCCGAAUUAUUUCUGUAGAUUAACUCGCCGUAGUUGGAUCGCGCACGCUAUUCUAUAUAUCCUCUAAAAUAACUCUAUACAAAAUUCGCAUUCCCCUGCACUGAUCAUGUUGAGCUUCUUAAGUCCCCCCUCCCACUCCCCCAGGAUCGUACGCAGGAUUUUUUCACCUGGGGGCAGUAAUACCUAUAAGGCUAUAUAUGCUGCCGGAAAUAAGUACCCAAGCAUUUCGAAAGUCAUGUCAGUUAAAUGCAUGCUUAUGGCCGCCUCAUAUACAUUCCAGGUAGAAAGAGCGGUGAAAGUGAUGUUGCCAACACUGAAACUGUCGGAAAUAAACGAAAAUCUCACCUGUCCAUUGUGCAAGGGAUAUCUCAUUGACGCUUGUACCAUUGUAGAAUGCCUUCAUUCAUGUAAGUAAAUCAUCCAACAACAGGCGACAAGAAUUUUUUUUAUAAUUCAAAGUUUAAUAUAUAUUAGUUGUAUUUUUCUUACCUGCUCUGACAUUCAUUCUGGGGUAAAACUGUUAAUAAGGGAUCGAUCAGUAAGAUUCCUCACUAAAUUAAGCAGAGACGGUCACAUCUUCGUUCGAUGCAAUGUCAUCUCAGCUAUGCUGGACGCGGCAAGCUUUAGAGUUUAGAAUGAAAAAACAUGGUGUUAGUGUAGCCUCCUCCUCCGUAUAGACAAUUACUCUUUGGCAAAAAUGUAAAUAUUUUUACCCAAUUUGCACCAUAGGGUUUUCCCCCUUUAUCCCCAGUGAUCCCUAAUUUUAAAUUUGCUGUUAUUUAUAAUACUUUUGCCAAAGAGUUGACUGCGGAGGAGACUAGUGUUAGUAGUAUAGAUAUUCUUUAUGUGAUCAUAAUGUUGGUGAUUAUUCAUUCAACUAAUACUUGAUGAUAAUCACCCUCACAAGGCAUGCGGAGAUCGGAUCGUAUGGUCAAAGAUUAGAUACUAUAAAGAUGUGCCACUCGAGAUUUUUUUAUAGCCGCCAUUUUGCCAGUAAGUGUCAAAUUCAACGCCAUCAGUCUCUAAAUAGUAAAAUCCAACGCCAUCAGUCUCGCCGCCAUUUUGGCAGUAAGUGAAAAUUACGGACACGCAAACAUUAGGGAAAUACGUCGAGUGGCACAUCUUUAUAGUAUCUAAUCUUUGGUAUGGUGCCACUUAGCGGGCAGAAGUGUACGUGCAGGCAGUGGCGCCGUGGGACCCAUGUUUUUUGGGGGGCCAAGGGCAGUACUUUUCCGACAAACCGAAAAAUUUUUCCGGACAAACCAAAGAAUUUUCCGGACGACAACAUUUUAAAUCUUCACCCCCCCUCUCCCCGUCGACAACUUUGACUAUUUCCGACAACAUUGACAAUUUUCCGACAAUUUCCGACAACAUUGACAAUUUUCCGACGGGUCUCAACAAUAGGGGGGGGGCCAUGCCCCCCCCCGGCCACUGCGUGCAGGACACACUAAAUGCGAUGUCUUUGAAAUAUAUAAAUGGAUGUAUAAGUUAGGGGGAUCAAGGGCAUGUUUUCUGCAUUAUAAUGCGGAGCUUUUGGUGAUAAUUACACUGAUCAAAUUGGGAAUCAUCAGUAAGUGUACGCUAGCCCCUUCCAUUUUCAAAUAUCUGUAUAGUCACUUUGGCCUCAGGAUAUUUUGAAAUUAUACCGUGUUGGUGAAAUCACCUACCCAUGAUAUCUGUUAACCUGAAGCAGUAUUUCAAAUGAUAGACGCGAAUCUAUUUAUAUAGUUUGUAAAAGUUGCAUUGUACGUUUCUUGGACACUUCAUACAACUGUCCUGUGUGUCAUACAGAAGUACACAAGACAAAACCCAUGGUGAACGUCAGGUAGGUGUACGUGUUCAGCUGCAUGCAUGCAUGCAGUCUAUUGGCACACCUACGCCAGAAACUCCUGACAAAAUAAAAGCCUGCAGAACAAGUGCAUUGUAAAUUCAGAACGACCCCUACAAAAGAGGUAGAAUGACCCGAAAGGAGUCAUUCCGUGUUCAUAUUCGACCCCAUGCAGAACGACUCUUUUUGGGAUCAUUUUUACUCUUUUGAAUUUACAGUGUAACUCACUGUGUAAGGCCUUUGUUACCAUUUCUUCUUCGCUGCAUGCAAGUGGCCUAUCAGACCUUAAAAUGCCAAAUAUUAAUGCUAUGUUAUACAAAGAAUACAUAUACUGGGGGCCGGUCAACGAAGGCCGAAUAGCGUUAUCACCGGCACCGCAUAGUGAUUUUGUAAAAUUGCUCCGGCGAAAACCUACGGAUAUGAACCUCAAAAGAAGUACAAAUAUAGCUUUAAUUCAGAAAGUUUGAAAAUAUCACUAUCCGUGCGGUGGAUAGCGCUAUUUGGCCUUGCAUACUUUAACUGCGACGCAAUUUAUUCAGUAUUGUUACGUGAUAAGAUGCUCAUGAUUUCUUCCAGACCAGAUCCAACGUUACAAGAUAUAGUCUAUAAAAUAGUACCUGAUUUAUAUGAAAGUAAGUUGACAACUGUAAAUAAAUGUAAUUAACGGUCUGUGUCAGCGUAGGUAUAGUAACAAACCCACCAGAGAACCUACCCUUAAAAAAUCUUCAAACUUCUACUGCAAUUAAUUAUAAACAAAACAAUCGAUGUAUUCAAAAGAUGGCGGUAAAUUUGUGUACCAUGCAUAAACCUUUACGAGUAGAGCAUUAUUGAUUGAACGUUCUGACUCAACCAGUGGCAGUGAUAACUUUCAAAAUGUCUAUCCUUUGAUAGUGCAGAUAACUAUGCAAACCACUGUUUAUAAAAUACAAUACAAUAUACCAGUAUUUUUAUACUGAAAUGUUUACAUCCUUCUGCACAAGUAAAGUUUUAAUAACAAUAAUAAUCAUAUUUCGCGUAUACUUUCAUUAUCAAUAUUUAAAAAUUAGAUGAACGUCUGAGUCGAAAAUCAUUUCAAGCAAGUCUGGAUGGGAAUGAAGAGAGACAAGGUGCGAAAAUAUAUAAUCUAACCAUACUCGAUCACCAGCAUGAGUUGUUUGAGAAGCAAGGAACAGGAGGUCUCUUUCUAUUCACAUGCACUUGAUAACAUCAAAUCACUUUUAGCCAAGACACAAUCAAGUCAAUGCAUUCUUAUUUCAUCUAAUCAUUUCAUUUGUUUGUUUGCUUAUUUGCGGCUUGCCUUGACGUUCAACCACAAAUAUUUACGUAAUAUUUCAAAUCCGACUAUAAUCAGGACUGGACUAUAGAUUUCAAGUCCGCGCAAUUUGAUCAAGUCCGAGGCAAAGCCGAGGACUGGAUCAAAAUGCAAGGACUUGAAAUCUAGUCUAGUCCUGAUCAUAGUCGGAUUUGAUAAUCACUAUUAAUUAAUUUUGGUCCAGUCCAAGGACUGAAUUAAUUUUGAUCCAGUCCUAGGACUGGAUCAAUGUACUUCAUCAGGUAUCCAGUAUUAUUAUAUACACAAGGUCUGGAUAUGAGGUAUUCUGCAAUCUGAUUGGUUCUCUACUAGCAGGAUAUUAGCUCAUAUCCUGUUAAUAGUAGAGAAAAACAAAAUGGCGGCCAAACUGAAUUUACGAUGUUUUGCAAACGAGAAAACGGCAAGUUGUCGCUUUUUAAUAGCCUUCACAGGAUUAAAAACACAAUGAAAAAACUCCCAAAAAUUGUUUACAGGUUAGCAAAUGAAUUUUUAAAAUUUAAAAUGGUUAAAAGAAUAUAUUUUGAAAAAAUAAUCGGCCGAAAGAGCGAAGAUAAAAACAUAAACAAAACAGAAAAAUAUUGAAAAUAUCCGAAAAGCAAAGUCUGUGAAUUCAGACCUUGUGUAUAUAAUAAAACAGUUAUUCCACUCACUCUCGUCGAAUAUGAGCGAUAGCCAAUUCGGCGCUACGCGCCUCAUCGGCUAUCAGCUCAUAUUCGACUCGAGUUCGUGGAAUAACUGUUAAUUAUCAUUUGAGCAAAAUAAAGCAAUAUGGUUGACUCAUGAAUUAUUAAUGAGUUUGAGAUUGGAUUGUAAACUUCUCUUUGUACAGUUUGUAGUAAUAUAUUCAGUUUUUGCAUAUUUAGUUGUUCGAUUACUGAUUAUUUAAUAUUAUUUGCAGGUGGGUGUCACGUGGAAGGCGUUGCAAACAUUGCAGACCAUUCAGAUGCAGUAUAUGUGACCCUAGAUCAUCACCAGUAAGUAAAUAUUGACUUAGGAAGUAUCUCUGUCAUUUUCAUGCAUGAUUUAUUGGUCGUUGACAGUGGAUGAAGUGGAUGCAAUACUGGCUGAGUUUCGAUUACCAGGUUUACUACCGCUAAAACAUGCUUUGUUAUUAUAGGCGAAAUAUUUUAAAAUCAAAUCAAAGAAAGGUAAGAUGAAGUUGUUCAAUGUCAUGAAUACAAAAUAUUAGCUGUGGUGAAUUACCGUGCACACCAAUCAUCAUUCUAAAUAUAUUUUUCUCAAAAGACAUUACGAUUCAUUUUGAUCUCAAAAGUUCAUUUAUUUUGAUCUUUCUAUAUUUUAGAUAUUUCCUACUCGAUACUUGAGAUGUUCCAAACAUGUUCCUGUUAGAGUACUGAGGAAACUCAUUCGAAUGAAAUUUCAAGUGAAGGAAACAUACAAGGUACUUGUGUCCUGUGGCGUUCACUUUUUUCGCAAAUCAGUUGGUGAAAAUAGCUUCCUCUGUAGGCAUCCCAAUAGGGUGCGACCGUUGAACUGUAAGUAAACUGGAAAGCUAACUCAGGGGGGGGGGGAUUGAAGGCAGCGCAUUUUAGCUUUUCUGAGUUAUGAGGAGAAAUACUCAACACUGAACGUUGUGCUGUAUAUGAAACUGAAGCUAUUGAAAAACGCUAUUUGAUGUAGAAAUUUCAAGACUUUAGCUAAAAGGGAAAUAUUUAAAAAUUACAAAAAUAAUUGCCGAUAAUUUGCCAUUUUUGGCCGAAUGGCAGUUGUUUUUGUAUUUUUAAAAUCUUUUUCUUUUCGCUGAAGUCUUGAAAUUUCCACACCGAAUAGCAAUUUUCAAUAGCUUCAGUUUGAUAUAUAGCCCAACGUUUGGGAUCAAUUAUUUCUGCUCUUAACUCAGAAAAACUAUUUUGGCUUCAGCAAAUCAUAGGCCUUCAUCAUAGCAGUUAGCCUCCCAGUUUACAUAUGGUUCAAUGGGUGUGACUCUAUGCAUUAGAAAAAUUGACUGUUUCUAACCGGCCUGUCCCAGUUGUUCCCUACUAGAUACCUGCGGAGCUAGGAAGCUAAUAUCAGGCUGAAGUCUUGAAAUUUCCACACCGAAUAGCAAUUUUCAAUAGCUUCAGUUUGAUAUAUAGCCCAACGUUUGGGAUCAAUUAUUUCUGCUCUUAACUCAGAAAAACUAUUUUGGCUUCAGCAAAUCAUAGGCCUUCAUCAUAGCAGUUAGCCUCCCAGUUUACAUAUGGUUCAAUGGGUGUGACUCUAUGCAUUAGAAAAAUUGACUGUUUCUAACCGGCCUGUCCCAGUUGUUCCCUACUAGAUACCUGCGGAGCUAGGAAGCUAAUAUCAGGCUAUGCUGAAAACUGAUACCCUGGAUUCCAGAGCCUUCGACAGUAAAUAAUAAAUUGAAAUGUCGAAGGCUCUGGAAUCCAGGGUAGAAAACUGACCGAGCUGAAAACAAUUUUAAAUAUUUGAUUGUUUUUCUAGGUUGAAAUAUCACGCUGUGAUGAAAUUCUGAGUGAAAAUGUGAGUCUGAAAGAAAUUUCUCGCAUUUAUGGACUUCAUGGCAAGGUUGGUUCUUGUGAAAACGAUCUUCAAAAUUAUUCCGUCAGAUUUUGAUCUUUUUCUAAAAAUAAACCGCAUAAGGCCGCCGCAUGAAUUUACUUAUUCAACAUUUUCAUAAUUGAAAAUUUUAACUUUUAUAAUUAUAUUUCAAUUUUAUAUUAUUUUAGACCGGACCAAUCGAUUUAAAAUAUGACAUUAUUUCCCAGCAACCUUUACAGAAUUCAGACACACAACCAUCGGGAAUGUACGGCUGCAGAAAUUUUCUUCCCGUCAUACCUAGAAUUGAACCAAUGGCAUUUGGAAAAUCUAACGGACGCAACUAUGCCUCGAGUUCAAGUAUAUCCCGACCAACACAUACACAAUAACGGUGCUUAGCCACGCCAUUUGGAAUUUUUCCCAUCAAUUCCCAUGCUACCAAUUUUUCUGCAGAUAUCACAAGCUCAGAGCUUAACCCGACACAACCAUGCAACUACCAGAAUGAUGUGCUAAUGUGUGAGUAAACAUAUAGGUGAUCAUUGUGAAGUAUUCUGCACAUGCCAUCGCUGAUCAUACGGUUUACUGGAACGGUUGCCACAUUUUAUGUGGAUGUCGUCGCCUGUGCAUGGAGAAACUUUGUUGUGUUUGGCAUUAUUCUUGAUUAACCCCAAUGGCUAUCUAAGGGUAUAUGAUAUAGUGGCAAGUUAAAUAUGCCUCAAAACCGUUUUCCAAUAUGUGGCCAGGGUUUUUCCUUCUGAGUGUUGCUCUAAAGAAAAAUUCGAAAUUGUUCCCCAAUGUCUUACGCAGUGUUUUAAAAGUGUUACAUUCAGUAUUGGCAAUGUUUUCCUCCACUUUAAUUAUCACAAAAUUGUCAUAACUCAGAAGAAUACACUGAAAAAUUGUGAUAUUAAGUUAUAUAAUGAAUAACUAAAUACAGCGUUUGUCUGCGCAAAAUAUUUCAGAGUUGCUAAUCUAAAGCAACAAUUCAUCCAUGCAGCUGUGACCUGGGAACCUUUGAAUCUUCUAGAACAGUUAUCGCACGACAAAAAGUGAAACGUUUAGAUACGUUAAUUGCUAAAUAAUGUUAUAAUAGAUGUUAAUAAUUCUAAUUAAUAAUUAAUUAAAUUAUAACGUAUUGUUUAUAUUUGAUACAUUGUUAAUUGUAGGUUUAGUCAAUGUUAAUAAUAAUAAAUACACGAAGCGUUGGAAAAGUAAAUUUAAUUAUCGUUCAUUAAUCAAGCUAAACAUUGUCAUCUGUAUGCUACCAUUUUGAUCCAGGAUCAAAUUAAAUCUUAGAACGUUAAGAAAAUUGGAGUGGAAAACAGGCUUUGUUCGCGAUACAUGGUGAACCCCUGCAUGGUUAAGAAUCCACCAAACAUAAUCUGGUUAAUUCAACCAUCUAGCCUGGUUAAAUUAACCAGGAAUUCUGGUUAAAUUAGCCAGGACUAUGUCUAUGAUCAAGUUAACCAGGAUUGUGUUUACAUUAAGAUAGAGAUAGUUAGAUUUAAUAAGAAAACACAUAGUUCAUCUGAAGAGUAUAUAAAAGGAAGUUACAAAUAUGUUAAAGUGUGUAACUCAGUAUAUAAAUUAUGUAUUUACAAAGCUAAAACUACGAAGAUUACGCUUAAGAGAAUUCUUUAAUACAAGAAGGAAUAAAUGUUUUUAAAAAUCUAUCAGUUUUAAUCACUGGUGUUUGGAAGACACGUAUACUACGCAAGUCGUUGGUGAUAGGAGGACGUGCAGGAAACAAAUUCGACAACUUGUGUGCAGGGUCCUUAGUUAUCUGAUUGUAUAACUUGGAGCAGGCGUAUCGCUUAGGAGUAUCAAAUUAGCUUUGUCCAAACGCUCGCUGUAAGACAAACCGGGAAAGAUUAUAGAUGUAACUCUUCUCUGGACUCGUUCUAUGUUAUCACUGAGAUACUUAGGCUGAGCAAAGUGAAAUACCUCACAAGCGUAUUCCAGAACCGGUCUGACACAGCAACAAUAAAAGUUUAGAAUUUCUUUGGCUGGUAUUUUAGCUCGUUUUAAUUGGACUAUGAAGAAGAUUCUCUUGUUGGCUUUCUUUAUUAUGUUUAGGACAUGCGUAGACCAUCUUAAAUCAUCACCAACCGUAACACCGAGAAUUUUAGCUUGGCGAACCAGGUUUGGACACCCCGCAAGAAGAUGGAUAUUAUCAAAGGAUACUCUAUUUCUGUGGAAUUGAAACAAAAGCUCUGCAUUUUUGAACAUUCAAUUGGAAUUUAUUCUGCAAGUUCCACAUUUCAAGUUCGUUAGUUCCAGAUUGGAUUUGGCUGGUUCCGUUUCUUGGGAUAGUUUCCGAGACUGUUGUAUCAUCAAUGUAUUUCCAGUGGGUGAUGUCCAUAAGCUUCAAAUCGUUUAUCAUGAGAAUAAACAACCAAGGUCCCAACUUUGUGCCCUGUGGGACGCCACUAGAGACAUUACCCCCACUCAGAAACACACACAUUAACCUGGAAAUUUAACCAGGAGCAUUAAAUUACCCCAAACUGGCCUAGGAUUAAUUUUAGAUUAACCAGGAAAUUUUUAACCAGGAUGUUUUUAGACUGUACGACAUGUACAGUUGUCACAUGAGUGUGUCAUAUGUAUACUGAAAUCGUUUGCGAUUGGUUUAACUAUUUG